AUGCAUCAAUUACGUGCGCUACCAUCGUCACCGCAAACAGAAGAAGAGUUAACACAAGUUGAACCGUCACAAGAAGAAAUCCUGACAACGGCUCUGUCAACAGAUCUGACCGACACGACAACGACGAUUAGUAGUCAAGAAGAGUGCUUGAAAACCCGCAAGUGGUAUUGUUUCUUACUGUCCUCCAUCUUCACCUUCCUGGCCGGUCUCUUCAUCAUCCUGAUAUGGCGCGCACUCGCCUUCCUUUGCUGCUCACGGAAACGGAAAGCUGUCGCAGGAAAAGCCGCACAGGCCAAAGCUGCGGCAGCUGCAGCACAAGCUGCAGCAGAUGGGGCUCCUGGAGUUCAAAACCAAGGGGCUCAGAGAAAAGCGCCUGGGGAAGGCGGGACCGAAAUCGGGUUGAUGACAGAGGCUAAAGACUGGGCCGGAGGACUGAUCUCUGGACAAACGACCACGGGUCGAAUACUGGUUGUCCUUGUCUUUUUACUGAGCAUUGCAUCACUCAUCAUAUACUUUAUCGAUGCUUCAAGCGAUGGUGUUGAGAAAUGCCAGCCGUGGGCGGAGAACACGACACAACAAAUAGAUCUAGCUCUCAAUAUAUUUUUUAUGGUUUAUUUUUUCAUAAGGUUCAUCGCAGCGAGUGAUAAGCUGUGGUUCAUGUUGGAGCUGUAUUCAUUUGUUGACUACUUUACGAUCCCGCCGUCUUUUGUAUCCAUCUAUUUGGACCGGACGUGGAUCGGGCUCCGUUUCCUGCGCGCACUGCGCCUCAUGUCUGUACCAGACAUUCUCCAGUAUCUCAAUGUUCUGAAAACGAGCUCUUCGAUCCGACUCGCUCAGCUUGUAUCGAUAGUGAUAUCUGUGUGGUUAACCGCAGCAGGUAUAAUACAUUUGCUUGAAAACUCAGGCGAUCCCCUCGACUUCAAAAACCCGAACAAGCUUACAUAUUGGGAAUGCGUGUAUUUCCUCAUUGUGACCAUGUCGACAGUCGGUUACGGAGAUCUGUACUGCCAGACCACCCUCGGGAGAGCCUUUAUCGUACUUUUCAUCCUUGUUGGUCUGGCCGUCUUUGCGAGCUGUAUCCCCGAAAUCAUUGAGUUGCUCGGUAGUCGCGCCAAAUACUCCGGCGAAUUUCUCCGAGAGCGGGGGAAAAGACACAUAGUUGUCUGCGGUCACAUAACAUACGAGUCAGUAUCACAUUUCCUAAAAGAUUUUCUACACGAAGACAGAGAAGAUGUCGAUGUUGAAGUCGUCUUUUUGCAUCGAAAACCCCCAGAUCUAGAACUCGAAGGCCUUAUAAAAAGGCACUUUACGACCGUCGAAUUUUUUCAAGGCAGCGUUAUGAAUCCACUCGACCUACAACGGGUAAAGGUCCACGAGGCAGAUGCAUGUUUGGUGCUGGCAAACAAGUACUGCCAGGACCCCGACGCCGAGGAUGCGGCUAAUAUAAUGAGAGUGAUUUCGAUCAAAAAUUAUUCCGAUGAUAUUAGAGUCAUAAUACAACUCAUGCAAUAUCACAACAAAGCGUACCUGCUGAACAUCCCCAGUUGGAACUGGAAACGAGGAGAUGAUGUGAUUUGCGUAUCUGAAUUGAAACUGGGCUUCAUUGCUCAGUCGUGUCUUGCGCCUGGUUUUUCCACGAUGAUGGCAAAUUUGUUUGCUAUGAGGUCUUACAAAACGUCGCCGGACAUGCCGGCCUGGCAAAAUGACUAUCUCUGUGGAACGGGUAUGGAGAUGUAUACAGAAAGCCUAGCAGCAUCUUUCACAGGAAUGACAUUCCCGCAAGCCGCUGAAUUAUGUUUCGUCAAGUUGAAACUGCUCCUCUUGGCUAUUGAGGUGACUUCAGACGACUCUGAGUCGAAGAUCAACAUAAACCCCAAGAAGAAAGUGAAGAUAACCAUGAACACCCAGGGCUUCUUCAUCGCACAAUCUGCCGAUGAAGUUAAGCGGGCGUGGUUCUACUGUAAACACUGUCACGAAGACAUCAAGGACGAAAAGUUGAUCAAGAAGUGUAAAUGCAAAAAUCCCGCGGCCGUCGGAGUCGGUCUCUUUAAGAAAGGCGUUCGAGCGGUCCAAGCCGUGAGCCGAGCAAAUGAAACCGCCGGGGUGAUCGCCCCUACAUUCACGCCACCAGACGUUCCCAAACGGGUCAAGCUCAGAGCUUCCCAACCUCAGCUGCUCAAUAAUAAUGAGUCAGGGAGACUGCCAACACCACCUCAGUCAAAGCCGCCAAAGUCAUCAAACAAAUUAGUCUCGGCCGCCGCGAGCAUCAAGGAACAACAAGCAAAUAAUCAAGCUUUGCUAUCUCCGCCAAAUUACGGUUCUGACGGUGGGAGGAAUAACUCUAACGACAUGUUCGCCGGUCUGCACUUGGCUUACGAAGUCAAGAAGCUCAUGCCAACUAACCGCCCACCGAGCGGAGCUCCAUCGAGUGGAAACGAAAAACCCUUCCCGGUCGGUUUAUCUGACGACCAGGCAAAGGAUUUUGAGAAAACCGAAAUGAAAUACGACAGCACAGGCAUGUUCCAUUGGUGCUCUGCGCGACCGAUCGAAGACUGCAUACUCGACAGAAACCAGGCGGCGAUGACGGUGCUCAACGGGCAUGUCGUGGUUUGUCUCUUCGCCGACGCCGAUUCACCUCUUAUAGGACUAAGGAAUCUCGUGAUGCCGCUGCGCGCGUCCAAUUUUCAUUACCAUGAACUGAAGCAUGUGGUCAUCGUAGGGAACGUGGACUACCUAAGAAGGGAGUGGAAAAUGUUGCAGAAUCUGCCUAAGAUUUCAGUGCUAAACGGGUCACCCCUCUCGCGGGCCGACCUCAGGGCCGUCAACAUCAACCUCUGCGACAUGUGCGUGAUCUUAUCCGCCAAGAUUCCCAGUAGUGACGACCCCACGCUUGCCGACAAGGAAGCCAUCCUCGCCUCGCUAAAUAUCAAAGCCAUGACCUUCGACGACACAAUAGGAGUCCUCAGCCUCAACUCGACGACGAUGGCGCCGGGACACAGCAGCUCCCCACUGGGUAGUCCGAUCAUCAUGCAGCGUAGAGGCUCCGUUUAUGGGGCAAACGUGCCUCUCAUAACCGAACUCGUCAACGAUACCAACGUUCAAUUCCUGGAUCAAGACGAUGACGACGAUCCGGAUACAGAGCUCUAUCUUACACAACCGUUCGCGUGCGGAACGGCGUUUGCCGUCUCAGUGCUCGACUCACUCAUGAGUACGACAUACUUCAAUGCAAACGCCCUCACUCUCAUUCGCUCCCUCAUAACAGGCGGAGCCACUCCAGAACUGGAGUUGAUACUUGCUGAGGGUGCAGGUCUAAGAGGCGGAUACUCAACACCUGAUUCUCUGUCGAAUAGAGACAGAUGUCGCGUUGGCCAAAUAUCUUUGUAUGAUGGACCGCUGGCACAGUUUGGGGAAGGAGGAAAGUACGGCGAAUUAUUCGUCGCCUCAUUACGCAGCUACGGAAUGCUGUGUAUUGGAUUGUAUCGAUUCCGCGAUACGAGUAACUCCGGGGAAGGGUCAACCAAAAGAUAUGUGAUCACGAACCCGCCGGCGGAGUUUCUCCUACUACCCACAGACAUGGUGUUCGUUCUCCUGCAGUUCGACCCUGGCCUAGAGUACAAGCCUAACCGGGGCCCCGCGAAUUCAACUAUUCAAUCGGUCAACGUCAACAACGCAGGUGGCAUUGAUAUCUUAGAUAACCCUCUGGUUCCCAACAUUCUCUCGUCCGUCAAUAGCGCCCCGAACAACAAUAUUCUCGGACCAGGACUUUGCUAA